GAACACAUGGUAUAGGAGAUAUAUGCAGCUUGAUGAAUCAACGAAAAUCAUUUUUAUGCGCACGAAAUUAACAGGCGAGGUUAAAGAGGAAACUUUGUUUUCGGGGUUUCAUUUGCCGGGUAAACGAGGUGAUUUUAAUGUUACCCGUGCUGCGUAGUGAAAUCAUCCACGUGCCUCUUGUCAGACGAAAUGGCGGCUGAUACUGAGAAUGCUAAGUUGCUGUCUCCUUUGAAGCUGUAUGCUGCAGUAGUGUUGAUCUGUGGAGUGUUUGGACUACAAAAUGUAGGUCUUCGUCUGACUUCUGACCCAAUGUUUGCUAAGGAUGGAGCGUCUGUUACUAUAUCGUGCAGAGAUACUGGGGGCAAUAAUAUCACAACAGCACAGUGGUACAGAAACAAUGUGAUCAUCUUCCAAACAAGUCACCUCCUGCCAAACCAGACGCUUGAUGAAAACAGGAACACAUCUGUAUAUGGGCGAAUUACUGUGGACGCAACUAUAAGACGACAUGACAUCAUUCUCCCGUUCAACACCACUCUUGACGAACGAUCUGUGUGGUGGUGUAGAAACGGCGAUGAAUCAAGUUACAACAUGACACUUUGUUCGGAGCAUAUUGAUGAAUGUAUACGGCCGAAUCUCACAUCAGAAUCAAAGGAAGCACUAGAUGGCAACAAUGUCACCCUUUCCUGUAGACACGGAGCAGGUCGCAAUAUUACAACAGUGCUGUGGUAUCGGAACUAUGUUUAUAUAUUCCAAACGUCCACCCACAAACCGGAAAUAGUACAAGACAAGCAGUCGGACAAAGACGACUACCGGGCUGUGGAUGGGCGUAUUUUAGUUAACGCCAACUUUGCCGUUCACAACGUGAGCCUCCAAAUGAACUCUUCGCUUGAUGCGGAAUCUGUGUGGACUUGUGAUAAUAAUCAGAAGUUCAGUGAUGACUUGGUGAUCGAGACAAAAAGAAGUGAGAGAGAGAUAACUCCUUUAAUCUCUGGCAGUUCUGAAUCAACCGCCUUUCCUCUGUCAUCGACACCAACAACUUACAGGAACGCUGGCAGCUCUGAAUCAACCGCCUUUCCUCUGUCAUCAACACCAACAACUUACGGAAAUGUUGAUAGUAAGAAAACCACCACCACCCUGGGAAUAACUAAACCAACAACUGAAGAAUACGCAACAACUUCACAACCAAGCACACGUUCUGUGACAACACAAACAACCAAGGAUGACUCAAGCAGUGACAAAAGGACCUCAAGUGCCUCAACACUGACAACAUCCACGUUCAAAAGCAAUUCUAGAUUUGAAUAUGCUUAUUUCACAGGCAGCAGAAAAUCUACUUCUCAUCAACCAGCUGUGCAUUUGACGACACUUUCUCAGCCCGUGUCAAGUUCUGCAGGAACCAAGAACGAGAUUAUCCUGUAUGCUGUAAUUGGAUCAGCGAUUGUUGUUGUAGUGAUGACAACUGUUGCUGUGACUGUGUGUCUUGUCUGUGUCAAGAAAAUGAUAGGUCGUAAGGACACUGACAAACAUACAAUUGAUGAGGGCACACCGGAAGGUAACCAUGGAGAUGUAAACAUGGAUGUGAUGGUCGACAAUGAAGCUUAUGUUCAAUAUGCCUACAUUGAAGAUACAAACAGUUGUGAUGUGCAGUAUGAAAGAGAACCUGCAGUAAUGGUCGACAACGUCUGUUAUCAUGGGUAUUCGGACAGCGACGUCUCGGACACCUCGUACUGGGAGUACAACGGCCCCGCUGAUGAGCGUGCUGGAUCUGACAACAAGGAAUAAUAAUGCAUUCAGCAUGGUGGCUGUCAAGAUUACCUGAAUGAACAACAAAACCUAGACAGACAACAACUCGUGUCCGAACAAACUGCAAAACAUACGGACACACUUUGAACAGGAAUAUUGUCAACGAAAAUGAAACUAAAUUGUUCUUGGUCGUCGUGCGUGUUCGAAUCUCAUUCGAUGUGUAUCGAGAUGUACUGCCAAUAUUGUUUUAUUGUCAUUAUUUUUUAGUUUAAGUGGAUUAUAUGUUAUAUGUGUGUGUCAGUAUAUUACAUCCAUUGAAUGUUCUUCUGCAAAGUCAGUGCAUUAUUUUAUCAUUAAAAAGCAUUGAACUGAUAGGUUUUCGUUGAUGCCUACGUACGGACAUACUUAUCUCUUAUGUAAAUGGUUUGAUAUUAUGUGUAUGACAGUUGCUUUUAUAUUUUCCCUCGGCGUUGGUGUACAUGUAUAAAGAAAGAAAUUAGUGAUAUGAUUCAUGUCAUCUGUAUGUGUAUAUAUAUUCAAAUUGAUAUUAAUAUUAUUACAUACAGAUUUGCCAUUCAAAUUGAUAUUAUUAUUAUUACAUGUGGUAUUAAUAUAAUUAUUGUGUGUUUAUGUGUUAUAUCAAAUCAAUAUCGUAGUUCAUGAUUAUUGUAUUAAACUUGAUCACAUGUUAUGCAUGUUGUAUGCUAAGAAUACCACAGUUUUGUCUGCAUUGAUGCUGUGGUAUUACAGACGCUCCUUUUUAUGCUGUGUGGGGUCAUGAAGUGUAUUUGAGUUAUUGGAUGCUUAUUUGUUAUAAAAAAAACAACGUGACAGUAUCACGUGUAAAACGAUAUGAAGCAAAGGGAGGUAAUAAGACGAACAAAGUAAACUAAGCAGAUGAGACUGAUACAUACGACCAUAUGUUCACAUUCAGUAGCUUUCCCACACGACCCAUUAAUGAAUCACUUACACCUUGUGUUCCAUCUGGAAGUUGAAUAUAUGCAAUCAAUUAGAAAACUAUGGAUUAGAAAAGCUUAAACAAUUUGAAUAUUUGUAAAAUGGUCAUGCUCGCGAUCUCAUUUGUUGUUUGACAUUGAUAUAUGUGUCCGUUUUUCUUUGAGCUAAGUGUCAGCUGUUGUAUGUUUUGAUGUGUUAGUGUUUUGCGCAGCAGUCAACAACGUUGUCAUGGCGGCCUGUACCCAGUGGGUGAUAGCAUGAGCACGUUCACGGCGACGGUGCACAAUGACGCAAUCAGACAAGUUUCGCAGCCAGACCAUCCGAUCCGAAUUUUAGUUGGCUCUCACUACAAAAUAUUAUUGAACGCUGCCCAUGUUUCAGUCAGUCAAUCAUUUACAGGUGUACUCGAGAUUGAGGGAAUAUUGCUGUCGAUGGCGUUGGGCGUUCACUUAAUCACUGCCUCAUAAAUAAUAUUGUGACUCCGCAGUGUUCACUCAAUAUCCUAAUGCUGGCGAUCGUCCCUUACUUUAUACAUUUUACUGUUGAAAUGCAUGUAUGU